AUGGGUGCUUAUACCCGCAGCGAUAAAGCCGCCAUAGCCAGUGAUUUGGAACGUAUGUUUGCGCUGUUUCCCCGUUUGGCUGAGCGUAGGAAUCAACUGGCCGGUACCCUCAGCGGAGGCGAGCAGCAGAUGCUGGCCAUCAGUCGUGCUUUAAUGGCUAGGCCCGCGCUCUUGUUGCUGGAUGAGCCCUCUAUGGGCCUAUCUCCCAUCAUG